GUUCGUUCGCAUCGCGUACGGACGUUGCAGCUGGUCGCAGUCAGGGAGGUCGAAGGUGGUAGGACUGUGUCAGUGGCGACGGUGGCGACUGUUCGCGCGCGCACGACUUCCCUCCAGUCCCCGUGAGCGUGUGUAUGUGUGUGUACAUGUUUUGUUGCUGUUGCGAUAUGCGUUCGUUAAAUAUCGAGUGGCCGUUGUCGUCGUCCUUGUCGCGUCGUGCGUGAAGUAAACGGCAGCAGGGGAUCCCCGCCGUCAGCUGUUUGCGAGCCAGCACGGGCUUGUCAUCGACGCGGAACGGCCGAACGCACCGCAAAGCCGUGGGGAAAGCGAGAAGAGGAGGCGAGACGGAACGGCGAGUAAAUGAGCGAGCGAGCAAGUGAGCGACGCGCGUGAAGUUAGUCGCGGAAGUCAGUCCUCUACGAGGGGCGGACCGAAUUCGUAUCGGUGUCGUGCGUGUGCGCGAGUUGCGUCGGUCGACACUCAAUCGUGCGGUGUCCGCGUGCGAGGCGCGAUUCCCGACGGGAAAAUAAUGGCGUAGACCUCGGACCGCGCUCCGGAAACGAGAGAGAAAGAGAGAGUGUGUAAGUCACGAGAGGUGAACGAGCAGAAAGAGGAGGAGAAGGAGAGAACGGUAACAACGAGGGAAGAAGAGAGAGAAAGAGAAAGAGACGCGCGCCGCGUUCAUAUUCGCGUCGUGGCGGUGGCCGUAUCGAGAGCGCAGCCGAUCAUCCGCGUCGUCCUCGCCGUCGCCGUCGCCGUCGCCGUCGCCGUCGCCCACAUACAUAGAUUAUCUCAUCGCGGAGCGGAGCGCCGAGUAACUCAUCAUCAUCAUCGUCAUCGUCGUCGUUGUUGUCGUGGUGAUCGAGACGAGUCUUCGGUGUUGUGUGCAGUGCUGCUGGAGGGCGAGAAGGAGUGCGAAAGAGAGAGAGAUAGAGAGAGAGAAAGAAAUAGAGAGAGAAAGAGAUAGAGAGAGAUAGAGAUAGAGAGGAGGCGCUAAACGGCGUUCUUUCUCCGUCGCCCCCUGUCGCGGUCAACCCUGUUGCUGGCGUCGCGUCGCGCCUACCUCCGGAGUCGGGCUUUCUGUUUUGUUUGUGUUCCUGUCCUCCGCACAGGGUGAGGAGGAGGCGGUGGUGCAGCGGAGACCGACGCCAGGUAUCCCAGCGCGGCGCGUAUCCCGACUGCAGCGGGGAAUAUUGUAUUACGAUGAUCAGUGACACGUGCGGAUACGUUCUCUUCCUGCUGCUGCUGCUGCUGGUCCCAUACAUCGAGAGUGCUCGUCGACUGAACGAGUACAUCCGCCACUACGAAACGCUGUCAUACCCUGUCGAGGAAGUCCAUCGAAGUCACCUGAGGGCGAAGAGGUCGAUCAACCGCGACAGUACCGUGACGUUAAAGUUUCGCGCGCACGGCAAGGACUUCCACAUUCGAUUAAAACGAGACUCGACCACCUUUAGCAACAAUUUAAUUAUUGAAGGCUCUACGGGGGAGAGACAGUACAACUCUGACGUCUCUCACGUUUAUCAAGGCAACCUAGUUGGCGAACCUGGUAGCCACGUGUUUGGAAGUGUCAGUGAUGGAGUCUUCCAUGGGAAGAUAGUAUCACCGAAAAGUGGUGCGUGGUACGUGGAAAGGGCGCAUUACUAUUUUCCAUCACAUGAGAUAAAUGAGACAUUGCAUUCUGUGAUCUAUCAUGAGAAUGACGUCGGUGAUCCAUACUUGGACGUUCGACAAGGUGAUGGCGGUGGAUGUGGUAUUACUAAUAGUGAUGUGAUAGAAUGGAUGGAAAGCGUGCAGAAUUCUGCUGCACCGGAUGAACCGCCUAAAACGGUCCCAUCGUCGAACCAGAAGGAGCCGAAACCAAAUGUCGCACCUUGGAACGGAGAUCGGGAGGCUCCUGGUCACAAAUACAGUAGAGAAGCCAAUGAACCUAGUCAUCGCAGGCCACGAAGAGCGACUAGGUCGAAAGAAAACAAUACCUGCUCGCUUUUCAUCCAAACGGAUCCUCUUAUAUGGAGGCACAUCUCCGAACAGCUGCAUCACGAUGCGGAAAAAACCAGAGAAGAAAUAUUGUCUUUGAUCGCACAUCAUGUCACCGCCGUGAAUUAUAUCUACAGGGACACGAAAUUUGAUGGCAGGACGGAGCACAGAAACAUCAAGUUCGAGGUUCAACGAAUAAAGAUCGAUGACGAGACGGCGUGCACGCCUCAACAGCCGUACAGCGAACCCAACCCCUUCUGUUUAGAGAACAUCGAUGUUAGCAACUUCCUCAAUCUUCAUUCUCUCUCGAAUCAUGAGGAUUUCUGUCUCGCUUAUGUUUUUACUUACAGGGAUUUCACCGGUGGUACACUCGGACUCGCCUGGGUUGCUUCCGCGUCCGGCGCGUCCGGUGGUAUCUGUGAGAAGUUCAAGACUUAUACCGAGACCGUGUCCGGUCUAUAUCAAUCCACUAAGAGAUCCCUCAAUACUGGUAUUAUAACUUUCGUGAAUUACAACAGCCGUGUACCGCCUAAAGUAUCGCAAUUGACUCUGGCGCAUGAGAUAGGUCAUAAUUUCGGAUCACCGCACGAUUUUCCACCGGAAUGCAGACCAGGAGGCUUGGACGGUAAUUACAUUAUGUUCGCCUCAGCGACGAGUGGAAAUCGACCGAACAACAGCAAGUUUUCAAAGUGCAGCAUUGGCAAUAUCAGCAACGUCCUAGAUGCUAUCGAGGAUAAUAAGAAGAGGAACUGUUUCACUGGAGCGUUUUGCGGGAAUAAAAUUGUCGAGGCUGGCGAGGAGUGUGAUUGCGGAUACGAUGACGACGAGUGCGUGGACAAGUGCUGCUAUCCUAGACAGGUGUCUGAGCUGGAUAAGAUUAAGAAUGACACGGCGAAAGGUUGCAAUAGAAAAUAUGGAACACAAUGCAGUCCUAGUCAAGGACCCUGCUGUUCGAGUGAAACGUGCCAGUUUGUACCCCUCUCUCAUCGAAUCCAAUGUAGAGCCGAAUCAGACUGUAGUUACAAUUCUACAUGCAGUGGGAGGUCCUCCGAAUGCCCAGCGCCGCUACCGAAAGCCAACAAGACUAGAUGCAAUGAGGGCACUCAACUAUGCAUCAAUGGGGAAUGCACAGGAUCUAUUUGUCUGGAGUGGAAUCUGACGGAGUGCUUUUUAACGAGCAGCAUCAUACCGAACAUUGAUAAGCGAAAACUGUGCGAAUUAGCCUGUCAAAAUGGAACUGAUGCAUCAACAUGUCGCGGGACAAGCGAGUUUGCGCACAUGGUGGGAUUGCCCGAGGGUGGAAUGAGUCUUAGACCUGGUUCACCUUGUGAUAAUUUUCAGGGUUACUGCGAUGUUUUCUUAAAAUGCCGAGCUGUCGAUACGGAAGGACCGCUUGCGAGAUUGAAAAACUUGUUGUUCAAUAAAGAAACGUUAUCGUCGGUAGCACAAUGGAUAACUGAAUUUUGGUGGGCGGUAUUACUAAUGGGUAUAGCUUUCAUCAUAUUUAUGGGACUGUUUAUCAAGUGUUGUGCGGUGCACAUUCCUUCCACUAAUCCUAAAAAGCCACCUGCAAGGCGCAUCAGUGAUACAUUGACAAGACCGAUGAACACUCUUAGAAGAAUGCGACAUCCGCACGCUGGUGGUGGACCUGGGCCAAGAAGUAUACCUCCGAGACCAAGUCAAGGUGGUCACGGAACACGUGGACCCUCUCAUGGGUAUGGAGAGGGUAGAGGUGCUCAAUAUUAUCCAAAAGCAGGAUAUCGCUCGGUUCCCACAGCUAGUGCGCCACCAAGUAGCGGGUCAGCAGACAAUUACGGCCGUUCCAAUCACCCAGAACUGUAUGCCGGCGCCUAUUCGGGCUCCGGGGGAGGGGGGAGGAGCGCAGCAUAUGAGAUGAGGCAUCACAACAAGGUGUGACGAUCCUAGGACGUCGUCACGGACGAGGACCACCAAUCGCGGCGUUGCCCCACGAGCCGUUGUGUAGAACGAUUGCCAAAUGCGAAGAAAACCGAUCCACUUUCCAAGGGAUGCGACGAUGUCUCUUAACCGAGGUCGAAGCAAUAAUGACGAGCAGUUACAAUGAUCGAACAAGAUUGAGAGGUCCAGCGAUAUGCUCUUUUACCUGAGUUGCAUAGAAUUCGCGUAAAGAGCCGCGCGUAGAUACAAAGAAAGUAUGUAUUUAUGAUCAAAUUGAUCUCUCAUUUUGUAUCGGUUUGGUAGAUGUAAUUUCGUGGAAAUGCGAACGAACGACGACUCGGAAGAUUGAUUUGACCGGAGCCACGAUGAUAAAAUAAUGGAGUAUAUAGCGAAAAUCGUGAGCAUCGAGAAUUUUAUAUAUGUAAUCUUUUUUAUGUAGCACCAAUUCGAUCUUUCGCGUCGUCAUUUAAAAAACUCGUCGUAUGAUCAAAUUUUAGAAUGGCUCCGCCAGUGAAGGUGAUAUUGUUAUAUGAUCAAAGUAAUUUAAAUCGAUCCAACGUGUGAUUCAUUUUGCUUUAGUGAUCGACGCUGCAUUCGCAAAGCGACGAACGCGGCAAUGUUAAGAAAAAAAACGUCACAUCCUCGCCAUUACGAAGAUUUAAAGCCAAGAUCGUACGGUCUUUGUGUGACGGCGUCCUUCGAGAUGUCGAUACUCGUGCAUAUCGCUCUCGAAAGUUAGAUUAAGUGGAGAAUCUUUAAAAUCUUGUUUGUUAGAAAUUAAAAUUUAAUGGAAAAUUGGCAAUAAGACAAUAUAUGUAUGUCCUUUGGCAAACGGCGCAUACUUAUAAAUGUGUUUUCCAAAGGCAACUAUUGUGUUCUUAUUUUGUUUAUCGACAAGUAAAUAAAAUAAA